AUGCAUUUAAUGAACGAUCUGGACAAUCUUGACGUGGGAGACAUGAAACAAGCAUUUAUCUUAGGUUUUCUGUCACUAUUCUUCAAACAAUCAUCAUCAAAACCGGCAAGGGAAUUGGAAGUUUGGGAGUCCCCGUGUGGAAACGCUAACAUCUCCUUCAAUCUAGAAUUUUUCCCAACACCGACACAUCCGCCGCAGAUUGACAACAGUCACAUGUUACGGUCCUGUGUCAUUGUGUUUCGAGAGGCAAAGUCUGCGCUCCAGGAUGCUAAGAAUAUAUUUAAGAGAGGUAAUUUACUUUCAAAAGAAGAAGCCUUGUUAAUAAAGGACACGAAUGGGAGUGCACUUGGUCUAGAUUUUCACGUCUCUCCCAGGUCCAAGAAUCUGGUUUUGGACAUUAAAUCAGACUAUUCGUUGGUCUCUGUAGCCAUUUUGUACGUUGAAGACAUAAAAAUCAGAGGAAAAAGCACUCAAAUCUACACACACGUAUACUCCAACAUCCUUACCUUAUACAGAAAAUUACAAAGCAUAUUGUGUACUUUCCAAAAUCUGAUGGGAGUCAAUGGAGCCGACAUAACGAACUAUAUAUCAAGAAGUGAUUUCAACCUUCCAACAGGAGAUACGGCAGAUUUAGUAGAAAGUGACUACUUGGCUCUCAUACAAAUUUGUAAUCUUAUGACAGAUUUAAUUAAUAAAUAUUCAUGAUUACUGUGUGCUAUGAUUUUUUUUUGUUGUAUAUUCCAGAUUAUAAUUCAGAAGUUAUAUUUCAUGCUAAAAUAAUCUAAACAAAUGAACAAAACCUUCUCUUUCAAGAGCUUUAAUCAGUUUAGUUUAUUCACUCAAACCAUAUAAACUGUAUGUAAUAUACGUAUAAAAUACUUUGAAUACAAACAAGUCACGUUUUUUGAACAACUUCAACAUAAUAUUUUGUCAUUGGUUACUUGUAUGCAAUAUAAACAAUCUUGUUUGAUGAGCUUUCGGAUGGAAUUGACCAGUGUAGGAUUAUUUUAGCGUUAACAGUAACAUGUGAUGGGUAACGUCGUGUUUCACUAUCUACAGAAACAUUUGGAGCAUUAUUCUUUUAAGUACAAUAUGUUUCAAAUAUGUAUGUUUUUUUGUUUUUUUGUGUUUUUUUUUUUUACACCGAAAUAUGUUUUAAUUUUGUUUUAACAAAAAUAUGUUUCAAUUUUGUUUUUAACUGAAAUAUGUUUUAAUUUAGUUUUUAAUUGAUAUAAUUAUGUUUUAAUUUUGUUUUCAACAGAAAUAUGUUUCAUUCACAAAUAGGAAUUUAUAUCAUAAUCGAAUCCUAGCCCCUCCCUCAUUUGAUAGUAUCUAUUGGUGGAUAACGUUCUGAAUUAAUUGUUACAGUAAACACAUUACAAGACAUUGUACACACAAGCUGAAUUAAACAAGUAUACGAUUGUAAUACCUGCACAUCAUACACCGUCAAUGAACUGCUAUACGCAAGAUUGAAAUUCAUAAAAUAUUACAUCUCAUGCUGUUGUCUUCAAAUAUUAUCCGUUUACGUCAUCAGACUAUAUCAUACAUCAGAAUGAUUUAAACAAAGAAGUAUGCGUGAUUUGACGAGAUUUGCACUUUUAUGGAGUUAAACAUCGAUUAGAAUUGCGUCUUUAUCCUAAGUCAGUCACGUGAUGUCGAUGUAAUGACGGUACAUUCUAUUGUAGUCACGUUUAC